AAAGUCAAAACAAACAUCUAACCUAACAUUUAAAAAGCUUUAUACCUAUUUCUCGGUUUUAAAAAAAGAAUUUGCUAUUUCUUAAACUGCAAGAAUAUACUUACUUUAAAUAAUAAUGAGGGACGUAUACAUAUCGCACUGUGAAAAAGAUUUUUUGCAAAAAAUUGUAACAGGGGGUCGUCGAUUAGAUGGCAGAAAUUACAAUGAAAGUCGUAAACUUAACAUUUCUUUUGGAUCUGAGUAUGGAAGUUGUAUAGUUUCUUUGGGAGAAACAAAAGUAUUGUCUCAGGUGUCUUGUGAAGUUGUGCAGCCAAAACAAAUCAGGCCAAAUGAGGGAAUUUUGUUUAUAAAUGUUGAAAUAACUCCAAUUGCGGGUCAACAGUUUGAAGCAAAUCGUCAAACAGAUCUUACUGUGUAUCUGAACCGACUUUUAGAAAAAUGUUACAAAGAUUCUAAGUGUAUUGAUCUCGAGUCUUUGUGUAUUGUUGUUGAAGAAAAGGUAUGGUCACUAAGAGUGGAUUUAAAAGUACUUAAUCAUGAAGGCAACUUAAUAGAAUGUGCAAGUAUAGCAACAUUGACUUCAUUGGCACAUUUCAAAAGGCCAGAUGUAACACGGAGUGGUGAUAAAGUUAUCAUACACACAUUGGCAGAAAAGGAUCCUAUACCAACUGUACUGUAUCACUACCCUGUCUGUUUGACAUUUGCUAUAUUUAAUGAUCUUCUCAUAUCAGAUCCAAAUUUCCUUGAGGAGUCAGUUUGUAUGAGUAACAUGGAUGAAGGUGGUAACAGAGGUGGUAUCCUUGUUGUUGGCAUGAACCAGUACAAAGAGUUAUGUUUGCUUGACCUAACCGGAGCUGCUAUUGAAAAUUCUAAUAUUGUGCAUAGAGCUUUGUUAGUUGCGGCAGAUAGAUGUAAGGAACUUGUAGAUUUGGUGAAAAGUACCAUUGUCGAUGAUGAUACUGCCAGACAAAAGAGAGUGAAGAAAAAUUUCUCAGAUAUAAUAACAACAGAGCAUAUGCUGUCAUUGAAUAAAAAGGACUUGAGCAUUUGUCUUAAAAACUAUCAUGUUGAAGACAUUAAAAGUCCACAGGACGAAGAAAUGGAGGAUGAAGAUGUGAAACCGGAACCAAGCAAAUAUGACGUAGUACCAUCACUACCACAGACUGCUGAAAUUGUUGUUCAAAAAGGAGCUUCAACAUGGAUAGAAAUAUCUUCAGGUUCAGAGGAAGAUUAACCAACAUAGUUUUGAUAAAUAAAA